UCAAAAUAUCAGCACCUCUCUCCAUCACAGAUAAACAACCUGCAGCAGGUGAUCAGCAUCACAACAUCGGCAUCACUCCGUCUUGUUUUACUUAUUAUAUAAGGCAACCUCUUAAAUUAUCUGGCAUAUUAUCCAGCACAGCAAGAGUAAUCAGUCAGAUCUUCAAGACCUCAGAUAAUCUCAGUGACCUUUUGGUGACAUGACAAAGACAGUGCUGUUACUGAUGUGCCUGAUUCUCAUCUUUUCUGUGGAUGCUGAAGACAAGUCAACACGGUACCGAAAGCCCGCAUGUGGGGGAAUGAGUUUGACUCAGGCCUGCCCUCUUAACUACGCUCCAGUCUGUGGUAGUGAUGGCAUCACCUAUGCCAAUGAGUGUACCCUAUGUGUACAACGCCUGCAAACCAACGCAGACAUCAUGAUUAUGAAAGACGGGAUCUGCUGAGGAGGAUGUGUACUUCCCCUCUCACAUAACUAUCACUUCUGUUUUCACCAUCCAUGCUUGUUAGGGUGCAUUCAUGUAGCUAUAAAAAACAUAUUGAACAUAUUAUUGUAAACAUAUAUAGUUUUAUGUAUAGACUUUACUCACAUAGACAAGUAUUGCUUAAAAAGUACUGCCUAUAGGCUACAACUUUUCAACUUUAUUAUUAAAGACCAAUGUAAUU